CAAAUCUCUCCUGACUCCAAGAUAUGCCGCCAAAGACAAUGCAAAAGAAUGGUCAACACAGGAGGAAGAUCCAGAGGCUGCUCAACUUGUCGUCGACGACGAGUGAAGUGUGGUAUGAUUUACCCCGCCAGAAUCAUCCCGCGCUUGGCUGAUAUAAUUCGAGACGAAACAAGACCGAUAUGCAAGCGAUGCGAAAGAUGUGGUCUUGAAUGUAGCGGGGCAAAGGAAGUUAGAUUUGUCAAUCAGGGUGCAGUCUCGAAGUUUAAGCGAGCGCAUAUCUCUGCGAGACACGACAGGGCAGCCGUCAUCCCAUCGUCACCAGAUCUGAGAGGCUUCGAUAUUCAGGUCUACAUCUCCUACACCAGCCGAGUCCUACUUCGUGGUGGACCAGUUGAUUUAGCUCUUCAAGAGCUUCACCUCAGUGAUAUCGAAGCUGCGAGUGACAGCACGUCCGAUCAGUUCAUUCUCCACCGUGCCAUUCUCAGCCUCGCCAUCAUUUUCUUCGGCACUCAUCAACAUGUGCUACAUAUCCAAGAUCGCGGCUACGCUCUAUACGGGAAGACAUUGAAGCAACUCAACGAAGUUCUAUCAAGUCCCCUGUGCCAUCUGCGGGACGAUGUCCUCAUCUCCGUCGUCACUUUAGUUCUAUUGGAAUUCUUCGUCCCAACAGGUCCAAAGUACUACAUCAAGCAUAUUUUGGGCUUGGAAAAGCUGCUUGAACUUCGAGGCUCUCGAAUGUGGUCUUGUAAGGAAUACAUCCCAAUCUGUGGUGGGAUCCGGAGACUACUUUUGUUCUCAUCGCUCAACAUGAGAAGGCCUUCAAUUCUGGCCACGGCAGAGUGGAGGCAGAUUCCUUGGAACGAAAACACAGAAUGGGACCAGGACGAGAGCUUUCUUUUCAAUGCCCUAGCAGAUAUUACAGUCUUUCAAGCUGAGCAUGAUCACGUCCAACAAACAUUUUGCGCUCAGCUCGGAUCCUUUUCACCUCAACGAGAUAUUCUCGUACAAAAAGCUCGACGACUCUUAGACGAACUUUGGGCGUUUAAGAGAGGUUGGAAUGAACGAAAUCAAAGAUGUUCCAAUCGAGGACUCAUGUCCAUUAUUCCAAUAUUAUAUCACACCGCAUUAGUCUACGACCUUCAAAUCCUGGCAUCGCUUUCAACAUUACCUGAAUGGAGGGAGAACUUCUCAUUUGCAGCACGUCGUGCUGCUUUGAACAUCUGUCACUAUAUCCCGUAUCUCCUAUCUCACAAAGAGAAGCUUGACACAGCAACAUUGACAAUUGUUCACUUGGCUGUGAAAAGCGCUGUGAGCACAUUUCCUGGCAAGAGCAGCUUUGCACGGGCAUGUAUUGUUAGCUUAAUCAAGUCAAGGGACAAAGGCGUUGUUGCGAAAGGUCUCUGGAUAGAUUAAUUUGAGGCAGAACUGUAAGAAGCACUGAAAGCACCAACCUGAGGAGAAGCUAGGACCUGGGUCUGGACAACGCAGAGAAUGUAUCACG